GCUGAUGAAUGUCAAGCUGGCCCUGGACAUUGAAAUCGCUACCUACAAGAAACUGCUGGAAGGAGAGGAGUCCAGACUGGCAAGCGGAGGCUCAAAUGCAACCAUCCACGUGCAGCAGACAUCAGGAGGUGCAGGAUUCUCCAGCUCCAGCUCCAGUGGUGGAUUUGGCUAUGGUGGCGCCAGCUUGUCUGGUGGUUAUGGUAUGCCUGGUACCAUUACCAAGUCCUCGGUUACAACAACCAGUUCCAUGAGACGGUAUUAAAAAGGAGAGCCAUCCCUCAUACCCUUCAAAAACUCAUGCUCAUUGAACAUGAUCUGAAUGUGUACACAGUCAUGAUUCUAUGCAAUAAAUUAAGCGUGUUCAACAAGACAGCCUGAUAUACGCUGUUACACUUUUGUUUCAAAGAUCACUGGCUGCAUUUCUUACUCUGCUCUGAUUAACAUGAUUUAACAAGAGUUUCUGAAGAUAGACAUGACCCUAGAUCAAGAAGAUCAAAUGUUUAAACCAGAUUUAUUUUGUUAAAGCCUUUCUAGCAACGUGUCUGAUGAAUGUUGCAGCAAAUGACA